AUGUCAACUGCCCUUUUCUCACAAAAGUACAAACUUAAUUAUCUAUCUAUCUAUCUAUCUAUCUAUCUAUCUAUCUAUCUAUCUAUCUAUCUGCUGAACACAUACCUUUUGUUUAUUCAUUUAUUUAUUUGUAAAUACUUAUGUACUGAAAAUGUAUACCUGAACAUCUUUUCCUGCGUUAAAAAUACUACAAUGCACACAUGUCGAAAUCUAUCUAUCUAUUUACCCAAUGAGGAGAGAAAGGCCAACCGACUCUCCACAAUAAAACCUUUUGCUACCUCAAUCUCGUAUACUCUCCCUUCUUUCUUUCUUUCUUUCUUUCUUUCUUUCUUUCUUUCUUUCUUUCUUUUAGCCUUUUUUCCCUUUCCUUUCCUUUUCUACCGCUCUCUUGAAUUUCUCUAUCUCUCUCUCUCUCUCUCUCUCUCUCUCCCCGCUUCUCUACCACCCCGCCCUCACCAACCAUCUUCCCUGCCGAACGCCACCAUUGAUUCCCCUCAUCAUCGGACGUCACGCCUCUUGGCCCGGGCCCCGCCCUCUCACAGCACGACUGUCACGGGCCCCAGCCCACCAUUUCACAGCCACGCAAUAUCAGUUCUGUCACACACUCCAACAGUCGUCAUCUGGGAAAACAAGUGCAAUCAGGAAGAUCUAUCUAUCUAUCUAUCUAUCUAUCUAUCUAUCUAUCUAUCUAUCUAUUCAAGACUUUUUAUAAUACCGUUCCACCAUUUUCUAUGCGAAAAUCGGUGCCAGGAAUUAGAUCCCCACACACGUAAAUCUAUCUAUCUAUCUAUCUAUCUAUCUAUCUAUCUAUCUAUCUAUCUAUCUAUCUAUCUAUCUAUCUCUCUCUCUCUCUCUCUCUCUCUCUCUACAUAUAUAUAUAUAUAUAUCCAGUUACAACAAGAAAUCGUUACACCACUAUUAAAAUUUCUUAGAAACCACUCUCUCUCUCUCUCUCUCUCUCUCUCUCUCUCUCUCUCUCUCUCUCUCUGCAUGCUUAUGUGA